GUCGCGCGAGAGCGCUGAAAAUCGAUCGAUUUUUGGCCGUCUGCUGCUGUUGAUGGUGCUUCGAAAAGCUCGAUUUCGUCAUUGAGUGAAGUGAACGCUGCACAAGUGGAAGUGAAAAUUUUCGUCGCCAAGUUUGGAUUAGUAAUUUGUUUGCAAAAAGCUUUAAGCCACAUUCUUCCAAACCAGCAUGGCCCGUACCAAGCAGACAGCCCGUAAAUCCACCGGAGGUAAAGCUCCCCGUAAGCAGCUGGCGACCAAGGCCGCCCGUAAGAGCGCUCCGUCGACCGGUGGCGUCAAGAAGCCCCAUCGUUACCGUCCCGGUACAGUCGCCCUGCGAGAAAUCCGUCGGUACCAGAAGUCCACCGAGCUGCUGAUCCGCAAGUUGCCCUUCCAGCGGUUGGUGCGUGAAAUUGCCCAAGAUUUCAAGACGGAUCUCCGUUUCCAGUCGGCGGCCAUCGGUGCCCUGCAGGAAGCCAGUGAGGCCUACCUGGUAGGUCUUUUCGAAGACACCAACUUGUGCGCCAUCCACGCCAAGCGCGUCACAAUUAUGCCCAAGGAUAUUCAGCUGGCCCGCCGUAUUCGAGGCGAACGUGCUUAAGCAAUUGGCAUCUUUUGCUCUGUCUACUCUAAUUACUGUAAUAAUCAGCAUCUCCCACUCUCCUUGAUUACAUUGUAUAUGAUAAAACUCAAGGGCCUAUUAUAAAAGUCGAGAUGAUCAAGCUAUCCGGCCAAUCAUCUUUGUUUUCAUAAUAGACCCGUGAGACUCAAAAUCACGAAAAUCACAAUACAUUAUGGAAAUUCAGCCAACAAUGGACAACACUUUCACAUGAUUAUUUCAAAAAUGGAAUCUGGAUCCGGUGAAAACAGCAAUGUCAACAAAGAGUACAUUUUUUUAAAAUAGUAGUUCGCGUUUUUGUUUUAUUUUUUGUUCAACUAUUACCACGUAAAAUGAGAAAUUUAAUAAAAUGAAACUGAAUGUAGAUUUAGUUUAUGCAUAAAUGUGAAAGUAAAAAAAAUAUUACAAAAGUAGAGUUUUAAGGUAGUGAUUAAGGAACAAUGUGCGAAGAAACAAAACGCAAUCAAUGUUUUUGGAAUCUUCUGAUCAUUCGAAUUCGUAUAUGAAUCCUGAACCAACCAACACAAUAGACUCAAAUGGCAGAAUUUUAGAAAAGUAGCUCAAAACUGUUAGGUUAUUUUCCACUCGACAACUUUCUUAUUUUGAAGAUUAAACUUGAAUAAGCAAAUCCUAAUGGGUAUUUAAACCUCACCGAAAUCAACGGUUUUGUUUCUCCCGUACGUAUAUAAUCAAAAUAUAGUUUUAUUUAUCCAAAAUCUACGCAACAUUUGCAAUUAACACAAACACAUUUAUCUACGAAGGAAAUAUGCAAUUUGUCUUUACUGGAAGGUACUACAGAUGUUUAAUAAAUUAAACACAUCUAAAUUGAACAACAAA